AUGCGUAGCACGUCGACGAGUCCAGGAAGCUUGCCUGUCAGGUCAGGAUCGCAGUUUCUUCUUCCUUCCACAGCAAUAUUCAUCAGCACGUAUUCACAACACUCAACUGAGUAGCAACAGUACCUCAAACAAGUGAGACAAACAUGGAGAAUGGCAAGUUGGACCAAGAUAUCAAAACCUGGCUGGAAUAUGACAAGAACCCUAAGACAGCAGCCCUGGUGAAGGCCCUGGUGCAGGAGGGAGCGCUGGAGCAGCUGCGGAGAUGCUUCUCCUCGAGGAUGGUGUUUGGCACCGCGGGCCUGAGGGCCGCCAUGGGGCCUGGGGUCUCCUGCAUGAACGACCUCACCAUCAUCCAGACCACACAGGGCUUCUGCGGCUACCUGGAGCAGUGCUUCCCUGACCUGAAGGAGCGGGGCGUAGUGAUCGGGUAUGACGCCCGCGCCCACCCGGCCAGCGGGGGCAGCAGUAAGCGCUUUGCCAGCCUGGCUGCAGCCGCCUUCACCAGCCGGGGGGUUCCUGUGCACCUCUUCUCUGACAUCACACCGACCCCCUUCGUGCCCUUUGCAGUGUCCCACCUAGGUCUGUGUGCUGGAGUCAUGGUGACCGCCUCACACAACCCUAAAGAAGAUAACGGCUACAAGGUGUACUGGGACAAUGGUGCCCAGAUAGUGCCCCCCCAUGACAAGGGCAUUGCCCAGGCCAUAGAGGAGAACCUGGAGCCCUGGCCCCAGGCCUGGGACACGGAGAAGGCCCUCAGCAGCCCCCUGCUGAAGGACCCUUACCAGGACGUCCACGAGCAGUAUUUCAAGGCCAUCCAGCAGCACUGCCACCACAGAGACAUCAACAAGAGUUCAGAGGUGAAAAUCGUGCACACGUCUGUGCAUGGUGUCGGCCACACGUUCGUCCAGGCAGCGUUUAAGGCCUUUGACCUUCGACCUCCCUUUGCCGUAGAGGAGCAGAAGGACCCUGACCCUGAGUUCCCCACCGUCAAGUACCCAAACCCAGAGGAGGGGAAAGGGGUCCUGACUCUGUCGUUCGCCCUGGCUGAUAGAGAGGGAGCCAGCGUGGUGCUGGCCAACGACCCAGACGCUGACCGCUUGGCCAUCGCUGAGAAACAGAAGAGCGGUCAGUGGCGGGUGUUCACCGGCAACGAGCUGGGGGCCCUGCUCGGUUGGUGGAUGUUCCGCUGCUGGAAGAAGCUGAACCCAGAGCCGGCGGCGGUGAAGAGCGUCUACAUGCUGGCCAGCACCGUCUCCUCCAAGAUAUUAAGAGCCAUCGCACUCAAGGAAGGCUUCCACUUUGAGGAAACUCUGACAGGAUUCAAAUGGAUGGGGAACAGGGCCAAAGAGCUGCUGAAAAAUGGAAAAUCUGUCCUGUUUGCCUUUGAGGAGGCCAUAGGGUACAUGUGCAGUCCAUGGGUACUGGACAAGGAUGGAGUGAGUGCUGCAGCCAUUGCAGGGGAGAUGACUUCCUACCUGGCAGCCAAAGAUAUCAGCCUCUCCCAGCAACUCACCAGCAUCUACGAAGAGUACGGCUACCACAUCACCAAAAACUCCUACUUCAUCUGCCACGACCAGGAGGUCAUCCGCAGCCUCUUCCAGCGCUUGAGGAACCACGGCGGCCAGAAGGACUCGUACCCCAGCGAGUGCGGCGGCUUCUCGGUCACCUCGGUGCGCGACCUGACCACCGGCCACGACAGCAGUCAGCCCGACGACAAGGCGGUGCUCCCCACCUCCAGCUCCAGCCAGAUGAUCACCUUCUCCUUCUCCAACGGAGGCGUGGCCACCCUAAGGACCAGUGGCACGGAGCCCAAGAUCAAGUACUACACGGAGCUCUGUGCUGCCCCCGGCAACAGUGACGUGGAGCAGCUGCAGAAGGAGCUGGACAACCUGGUGGACGCCCUGGUUGAACACUUCUUUGAGCCGGAGAAGAACAAGUUGCAGCCAAAGCCAGAGUAGCACUAUAGCUGCAUACAUACAAUAAAUAGCAGACCAAUAACAGCCUAGACCGAUAUUUUGAGCCAUGUCUGAGCAACGGAUUCUAUGUAUUAUUUUAACAUAUUUGGCUUUUGGUGAAUGAUGUAUUUUUCAGCUUUGAAUCGGAAGAAGCGUACUCGCAGAAUUCCCUGGGUUAAUGAGUAGGCCUACACUCUUGGUAAUGGCAACAUUCAUUCUCCAAGGUCAACCCAUUCUGAGCACAACAUUCCAGUGAUGGUUAGUGUUUGGAUUUUGUGAUGGGAUAUAUAAACCAAAGCCCCUGCAAAUACUCUUGCUUUUCCAGUUUUCCAGGGAAAUAUAUCAGCUGUAUUCAGUUUGAGAUGUGUUUUUUUUUACUUUGUGAUACAACUGAAAACAACAUUACAUUCUUGGGUAGCUAAUAAAUAUAAAUAUAGAUAUAGAUAUUUAAAAUAAGUUAAUUAAAACAUAGUAGCCUUUAUUAUGAAUGACACGUAUUGGAUAAGAGUGAUAUAUGUGAUGUGAAUGGGUUCUGCAGUCAUUCGAGGAAUCAUGUCUUUGUCAGCUUAAAGGCUUUCCUGUCUAAUAUACGAUCAGCAUUGUUUGUCAAAUGCAUAUGCUAAAUCUCAAUUAAUACUGAUAUUUUUUACUUACCCCCAUUAAAUGUGCUCAAACAACAA